AUGCAACGUCGUUCUGUUCCACGUACAGAUCCACGUUAUAAUCAAUUACGUGCAAAAAAUAAUGAUAGUGUUAAAAAAUCUCGUGAAAAAUCUCGUCGUGAACGUGAUGAAAUAAUGGAAUCAAUAAAUAAAUUAGAACAAGAAAAUGAAGAAUUAACUCAACAUAUAAGAACUCUCAAACAAGAAUAUGAACAAUUACAAGAAUUAUUUAAACAACAUACUGGAAUUGCUGUUGAUGAAAUUUUAUCAUCACAAACAAAUAUAAAUUCAAAUUCAAAUUCAAUAUCAACAUCUUCUAUACAACCAAAACCAAUUGAAAAAUCAAAACAAAAUUCUUCUACACCUAUAUUAACAAUAAAUACAAAUGAAGAUAAAACUAAUGCUGCUGCUGCUACAUCUGAUACACAACUUGAUCCAAAUAGUCUUGAUGGAGCUAUUGUACUUAUUAAUGGUGUUCAAUAUAGAAUUAUGAUGAAUUCUUCUGUAUAUAUUUUAUGUAUUCUCUUCUUUAUAUUUAUACAAUUAGUUCAAAGUCAAGUAGCAUCAUCAACUGAUGAUAAUAAUAAUAAAAGAAAAAAACAAGAUUUUUAUUGUUCAGCAUGUAAAUCUAUGAGUGAAACAAUAUUUCGUGAAAUGAAUAAUGUUGAUCCAAAUGAACGUGUUCAAGUUGGAUCAUAUCGUGUUGAUGGUCAUGGACAUCAAAAAUUAAAAGAUGUACCAGUUAUUGAAACAGCAUAUCAUGCUGAAAAUGUUCUUGAAAAUCUUUGUUCAAAAUUUAUUAGAGAUGCUCAAGAAGUAAUACCAAGUCCAUUGAAAAAUCUUUAUGAACAUGCGUGUGAUGAUAUUCUCGAAGAUCAUCAUGAUAGUAUUAUUGAUAUACUUGUAACACAAAAUAAAAAUGCACAAACAGCUCGACAAUUAGCAGAACUUUUUUGUGUUGAAUUAAAUCAAUAUUGUAAAGGAAAUCAACUUGACGAACUUUUUAAACCAAGACCAACACCAUCAUCCGUUGUUGAAGAGAAACAAGACGAAAAAAAUGCAGAAGAAGAAGAAGAGGGAAAAGAACAGGAUAAAAAUGAACUAUAA